GAAGAUUGUUGAAGAUCGAACACUCAACAAUUUCGAACGAGUACAAACUAGUUCUAAAAAUAAUAUUAAUAAUUAUCAAUAAUCAUUACAGUUUACAACGAAACGAUAAUUAUCGGAACUUGAGUGUGCUCGACGUUUAUCUACCGUGGAUUGACGUAUUAUGAAUCAAUUGCAUUCGUCGUUUUCUUCAGAACCUGAGAACCUGCAUCGUCACCGGCGCUGUUCUACGGAGACCAUCUUCAGCAUUCAAGGACAAGAGACUGAUUUUGUCUGCGACACGAGCGACACAGAGUGGUUGGGCAGCGAUGGCGACGCGGGCGUGGAGUACGAGCCGGCCUCGGCGCCCGACGACGACGGGCCGCUCACGGGGGACUCGUCCGGCCACAGCGACAACGAUAUUAUAGCGACGAAAGUGAUUGAAGUCUCCGUGGGCGAUGAUGGGGAGCUCCAGCUGGCGGACUCGGAGCUCACGAACUCCAGCAGCGACAGUGAGAUGGACCUGCACGACUACUGGCUGUGUGCCCACUGCAGGGCCCAGAACAACAACCCGAUGUACCGGUACUGCGAGAAGUGCUUCCAGGAACGUAAAAACUUCUUCCCACCGAGACCGAAGCGAAAGCGUAAACGCAAACGCAGCACGAGAAUCGAACCGGAGCUCCUUCCGCGUACCCUCUCGCAGGACUCCGGGGUCGGCUCCGUGGCCAACAGCCAAGAGAUGAGCCAGAACGAUGCGGGACACUGCUCCCAAACCUCUUCAGAAACUCUUGUAUCCCAAACAGGUAUUGCCGUUGUCAGACGCCAAUUGAAACGGUGUGCCUCAUCUGUAGAAGAAUCUGCUAAACGCAUUAAGAUGAGUUAUUCCGAUUCAGGAAGCGAUACUGAUUCGGAUUCCGAUGACACGUCUAAAGAUAUAAACAUCGACAAUAAUUCAGUUACUAAAACAUCUGUUUUGAAUGAUAAUGUAGAAAUUUCACCUGUACGAACAUUUAGCGAUUCGGAAGCUAAUAUCGAUAGGACAGUUAAAUCUGUUAACGACGACGUUCAAGUCACCCCUAUCGUAAAAAUGGUUAGCGAUCCCGCACUAACUGUCGUGAAAACGGAUGUUAACCAUAUAAUAGACACAAUGAAUGAGAAGUUAGAUAUUGGUUCUAAGGAUUUGUGCAUAAUGUGUUUGGUUGAACCGAAAUCGGGUGUUUUCGUCCACGGUCGGAUUGCACACAUCUGUUGCUGUUAUAAGUGUGCGGUCAAGGUGUGGUCGAAGGCCAAACGGUGUCCGCUGUGUAACAGUAAAGUUAGCAACGUUUUGAAAGCGGUGGUCAUGUAAAAGAACAUACAAACAUACCACAAUUAGUUGCUGUUUAUUAGGUUUGACGUGUUAAAGUUAUAGUGGUAUAGGCAAACCACAUAAUUGGGUUUUCGCCUGCGUGGGUCACGGGUGCGGGGUACGGCGACAGAGGAGCGGAGCGGGGGCAGGGCUUGCUCCAUUCGCUAACACGUGUUUUGUGCCCUCGUGUUUCUCACUCCCUGGCACUAACUUCAAAUAAACUUAGUUUACAAACACAAUCGUCUCCAAGCAUCUUUGUCAUUAAUAAAUUUUUUAAUUGAUUGAAUUGUAAUACAUGUAUUUUUACACUUUUUUUUAAAUUCAUGGAAAGGUCCAGGCGUGUAAUUAUUGGUGAGGGCUGGCAAAAUGUCACGACCAUGGCUCGUAUGGGCUUGGGAACCCAUGGGAGGCUUACGAGGCCUCUAAACUCUAAUUUAAUCUAUUGUCUGGGGCCCCAUGUUUAUAAAUUCAUCUCAGACUUCAGGGGGUAUAGUUACCCAACUAGGCAAGUCCAAAACUUCGCGUCAUUACCCCAUGUACCACGCAAGCGAGGCUUGAGUUAUGCGGAUUGCCUUUUUUGAGGUUUAGAACCGGGUUUAAAAAAAAGUUAAAAAAUAUUUUGGGUUUUACAGUCAAUCUCUAAAAAGUUUUACGACUUUGAAUAUUUAAACUGUAACAUAGACUUCGUGCAACAAAUUAGCUAUAUCGUUCGUGUGUAGAGAUCAGGAAAGUGUGUGACGUCGUAACUCACACACAGCGGCUAAUAAGUCAACAAGUGCUUUUUUGGACAACUUUUUUCAGCAGAUACGGAAAUAUAAUACCAAGGUGUCGGUAGAUUUGGAACAAUGUGUAGAUUAUUUUUGGAAUAAAAAUGAAAUUUCGCUCUCAGAAAUAUUGCUAUUAUAGUCAUGUUUGAUUGUUUGAUGAAAAUCAGCUCAAGUAUAAUAGCCGUCACAAAAUGGCGGAUUAAAUAAUUAUUUUUAAUCCACUUCAAAAAAAAGAGUAGGUUAUCAAUUUGUUGGAAUCUUCUUUUUCUAACAACUCUCUCAAUAUGGGUAUCAAAUUAAAGGUUGCAAAACUAGCAGAAUAAUAUAUCAAAUAGCAAUCCAAGAUCGCUGCCGCCACAGAAUAGCCACUAAUAUAACUUUAACGGUAUUUCUUAGUAAACCUUGAUAUUUAAAAAAAUAUUCAAUUUGUUCCAAACCUAAUUGACGCCCUGAUUAUAUUUUUAGUGACUGCUAAAAAUGUAAUUGGCGAAAAAAACACUUUUAAACUAUGCUAUAACGACGAGUUCAACAGUUGAAAAUAUCUCAAUUAAUCCAAACUAUUUUUCAAUACGGCUACAAAUUUAUUUUAUUUGAAAGUCUGUGAUCUUAAUCAGUUAGAUAGGUUUAGUGUGAAAUAAAAUAUAUAUUAUAUCUCUUAUAAUAUAGGAUAAGUUUAAAUAUUUUCCCGUUCAGGAUUCCAAUUUGUGUUCAGACUGAUAAUCUCAUAGUUUUUCGCUUACAACUUCCCCAUUUUACUUUUUAUGCAAUUGUAAAAAAAAAUUAAACCAUAUUCGUCAAAUGUUUAAGAUUUCUUAGAGUUAAUAUUUUAUAUAGAGUUGUAUAUAUAAAUGAGUGGAUCAGACAUUAUAGGUCCUUUAAUGGUUCGCUUUGUAAAUAUGAUUAUCCACCGAGAAAAAAAAGAGUUAAUAUAUUUUGUUUAAAUGUAACCAAGAAGUCGAGGCCUUUGUUAAAAUAGAAGAUGAACAAGAUUUCGUUUGUAUGGCCUUUGUAUAUAGAUAUUUAAAAUAAAUUUUGGGGCUGAAAUUACUUUAAUAUCGAUUCGAAAUAAAACGUGAGUAGUCGAUAUUAGUAUAUAAAUAUAGAUUUUGUAAUGGCAGGAAAAUAUGACCCGCCAUAGACAAAAUAGAGUAGGUGUUUAACAUGAAAAAACUUUUUUUAUAAAUAUAUCUUACGCCCCUUGUUAUUAAUAGAAUAUCCAAUGCACAUUUCAUGGAUAUUUUCUUUAAUUAAAGAAAAAAAAACUUAUUUUUAUUUAUAUUUAGGCUGACCAGGAAUAUGAAUUAGAAUAAUAUUAAAUAAGCAUAAACUUAUUAUUUACCUCUUAUUAUAACUGUCACACCUUGAACAUAUUUUUGUAUUAAUAAUCUGUUUUUGUUUUUUUUUUUCAAAUUUAAUAGUGUUAUAAAAUGGUUUAAUUACCAUACACAUUAUAAUACAAUUAUUUUAUUGCAGACAAAUACAAAUCAUUCGACGGAUGUAACUUAAAAAAUUUGUCCGUAUUCAAAAUUAUUAAAAAAAACACACUUCAAUUAUUAUCAGUACAGUAUAAUGUAUUUUAAUUAUUUAUUAUAAUAUAGAAGUAAUUUCAUAGAACUUUGUAAUAAUGUAUUCCUGGUCAUUUUUCUUCAUGACGCUUGCUUCUGCAAUCUAUGGAAGCUCAUUUUGCUUUGAAUCACUGAAAUCGAGCCCACCAUGCCUCUGCCAUUCAGAGUAUAAUUAUCUUCAUAUUAUUUUGUUGGUGUUAUUUGAGAUUUAUGAUUUUUCCUAAAUAUUAUAAUUAUUAAGAAUUAUAUUUUUUUGUUCGCAUGUCCUUUCACAUUCAUGACUUGGCCGCGCGUUUUAGUUGUACGCUAGUUAAAAGAUUUUAAUUAGCAGUAAUAAAAGGGAUGAAAGCACUGUCAAAGUCAAAAGUUAUCCCUUGCAAACUAUACCUUGAAUUAAUUUAAACAUUCGUACUAUGGACUAAGUUUCUGUUAUGUUAAAUGAUAAUGUUUAUUUCUAUUACUUUAGAAAUUAAUUUCUAAACAUGCCUGUAUUAUUAUAUUUCUGCAAUUAUUAUGUAUGGGUAAUACUUUUUAUGAUUAUUACGUAGUUUUCUCUAAUUUUGUCAAAUAAAAGAAUUUAAAUAGUUUACAAAUAGUCAUUUAUGUAAUUUUUGUUUCCAUACAUACUGUAACUACUUGUUUAUUAUUUAUAUACUUAAUUACUUUGCGCAUUUAUUUAACAUUAGUUACAUUAAUAGUAAAGUUCUCGGUAAUAUUAAUUAUACACAAAUAGUUUACAAAUAGUCAUUUUUGUUUACAUUCAUACUGAAAUUACUUGUUUAUUAUUUAUAUACCUAAUUACUUUGUAUAUUUUAACAUUAUUAUUAAUAGUAAAGUUCUCGGUAAUAUUAUUUAUACACCUGCCUCAAAGAUUCCCUUACUUUUCUAAAGUUUCAGGUUUAUAGCAUAUGGAUUUAUUAGAAACGCUAACCGCACGGCCAAUUCGUCAAUCUGAAAGCACCCUUAGUGUCUUAAUUAACUAAAGCCGGGUUUUAAUAUAAUGUAGUUAUAAUGUACAAACUAUUUGUAAAGCAAACAUUUUACUUGAAAAAAAAAGAAUUAUUAACACCAAGAAAAAGCAUUAAACUUCCUUUUCAGAAAAAAAA